UUUUCAGUGAAGCUACAUAAUAUUAUUUGUCUGUGGCUUCUUGCAGUUGUCAUUUCGUUAAAUUUCAUUUCGUAGGUACGCCUUGGAGAGUUUUUUUCCUAAAAAUAAAUAGAUAAUAUAUAAUAAAUAUAAACUCAACAUGGAUGUCUUUCUAAUGAUUAGGCGAAAAAAAUUAACCAUCUUCACCGACGCGAAGGACACGACAACUGUGCUAGAAUUGAAGAAAAUGAUCGAAGGUAUCCUGAAAGUGACCCCACAAAGUCAGAUGCUGUUCAAUAAGGACAGCCAGCUGAUGGAGGAUGAGAAGACCCUCGCUGAGUACGGGCUAACAUCCGCUACUGCUAAGGCCCAGUGUCCCGCACCUAUUGGAUUGGCUUUAAGGAAGGAAAAUGGCGAGUUUGAAGCCUUGGACCUGACUCCGUACUCUUCGCCGCCCGACUUGCCUGACGUGAUGAAAUCACAGGAGACCAACGGACAAGAACAAAUGGAUCAACACUAGAGACUCGGCUGUGGUUUGGACGCACCUGAUGCGCGCACCAACUCUGCAUCGCAAGGAUUUUGUAAUAUACCAGUUCAUGUCACGUGAACUACUCGCUCGAGGCCUCCACCAUCGGUCCGCGAACGACACCUUAAUUAUAUUUUUUUGCAUAUAACAUAUUUUGUUAUUAAUUUAUCGAUCAUUUUGCUCGAUUUUAACAUAUUCUGUUACGUCUACACGUUUCUUUGUAGUAUUUUUGUGAUGCUUUGUACGAAGGGAGUGUAGCUUUUUGUAGUUUAUUGCGAAAAUUCCAACCACGCCUACCCUGUGGUUGUACAUUUGUAAGUGAUUCGAUUCAUACUAGUUUUGUUACAUUAGUGUUGAGCGACUCGCGCCCGCCGCGAUGUGCCGAGUGUCAUGGCCGCUACACUCGCACGGAACAUACAGGUCUACGAAUGAACUACAUCGAUUAAGUUAGCUCAAUUCAAAACUUAGCUUUUAGUGCUAAUAUUUAUUUUAAUAUAGUGUGUGGCAGACGUGGCAGCUGGUACAUCGGCAGCGGCAUGCGCGGUGCGGUUUACUACUUAUUGGCACAAUUGAUAUUAAUCAUUCAUCAUAUUGUGGCUCUGUUAGACUACCUAGGCCAUGACAUCACACCAUUGGGAACUAUAACGAAACUAUAACUAAAUGGUAUCUCAACUCCUAAGUGAAUGUUAGAAUGUUUGUGCCUAUCGUUUUUCGCACUUAACUAGUUAUAAAUAUUUAAACAAUCUAUGUUACUAACUCCGCGACACUAUUUGAUUUGAAUGGCUUGACGCUUCGACUUGUACCGUUUUGUCAUAUGCGAGGUACCCUUACUGUUAACUCGUCUUCACGAUAACAUUGUAUGCGUAGUCGGUGUGAACGUUUGUUUGUUUGUAGCCAGACCCACACGACGCGAGGUUAACUUUGUGUGUUCCCAAGUUCCCAGCACGCUACUUAUGAAUAUUCAUCAUUGUUUUGAUAAUUGAAACAUAAUCACGUGUUUAGCUACAAAUAAACAGGUUGAAUAAUAUUAAUAUACAGAUUUGUUACAAGCAUAAAGUAAUACUGAGAAACCAUCGCUCGAGUGGAACUGAUCUCGUAACAUCUCAUUUUGUACGUGGAUAUUUUUUAUUUUUAUUGUAUUUCACCGUUUCACAUAAUAAAGCAAGUUCAUUCGGCUUUAAUGAUUCCCGCUAGGUUUUGAUUAUGCGUGUAGUUAGAUGAAUACGGAGGUCCGUUGUGAUCGCUGAGAACACCCUGUGUACACUUUAGUAUUGGCCGCGAGUCGGCACCAAAUCGUUUGUCAGUGUUACUUUACUUUUCACUCACGUUCAUGUGUACACAUUAUAAAUAUGAGUUUAAAUAAAUUAAUGAUACGGUAUUUAACUGAGAUAGUAUAGAAUGGACUAUAGAUAGUAGCUAAUUUAAUAGGGGUAAAAUAGGGGCUUUUUAUAUUCAUAACUACAAAACAAUCUUGGUUUCUCUGCAACAUUCUUUAUUGUGAUUUUUGUUAAAAACGUUUUAACGCAAAUUAAUUUGAAUAAUUUUUCUAGUUCCUGUCAACGAAACAAUGAUUUUCUCUAUUUUUUAUGUAAUUUUUCUAUUGCACCUUUAUUGAUGUAAGAUUUUUGUAUAUUUUGGUUGGGGUUCAUCCAUUAUAUACGGUCCGGGGCACGUGGCGCCGACCACGCCGGGCCGGCGGGCGCGGGCUCCGGCCGCUACGGUGCAUAGCUAGAUAAUAACAUACCGAAAUCUCUGUCACUCAAACUUGCUACCAAAUACAUUUUGUUUUCAAAUCCAAAAAUAGUAGGAUAGUUGGGUAACGAUUUUGCACCUUAUUGCACUUAAACUAAGAUAGAGAAUUGAAGAACCAUUCUUUUGUGAUUGUAAACACCACUACCACGCGCUUGCGUUCAGUAUUUACGUGUCGUGAUAAGUCAGUGUUUUUGUACCAUAUGCUUUCUCUCUAUCGAAUUUGUAGUGUCCGAGUAAGCCGUGGUAGUGGCGACGAAGCUCCGAACUAGUCGAGUUCAAGGUGUAUCAGACUAUAGAGUGGUUAGCUGUUAUUUCUCAUAUUACUCAACGUUUGUUUACUAUGCUGGUACAAAUCCUACUGUGAUGGAAGUACUCGGCACCAACAUUAUUUAAAUAUGUAUUUAUUCGUUUUAACAUUAAGCUAUUGUAAUCUAAGGUCUCACAUCGGAGAGGGUUUUGUAUACCAAUUAUUAAUAAUUAAAUAAAUUGAACAAAACCGCUUGAAAUACAUAAUGAGACUUAGACAAAGAAUACCUAGUGUAGUUUCAAAAAUCCACAGAUGAGCCAGCAGGAAAUAAAGCUGUUUUGAUUUGU